AUGGCGACCUCGACCCGCCAACCUGCUCGCCCACGCCGCAUCGACGACGCCCUCUCCCAGCUUGUCGACGCCCUCACCCCCGCGCUCCCCAUCUCCGCCAUCCAGGAUGACGAAGAGUACUCCGACCCCGAAGAAGCCCUCGCAAACGCCGAAGAACACCGUCACAAUGCCAAACUUGACCAUGCCUGGCGAAUUAUUGACGCGCACUCCAACAAGCCCACCGACGGCGGCUCCCCGGGGCCGGGUGGGCGUCGAGGAAGUCUCGCGGGGACGGAGAACAUAAACAACGCGCCAGACCUGAUCAAGCGCAAGCUGCGGCGCGAAAAUGCGAGUCCCGAUAAAGCGGUGCGCUUUUCAAAUCUCUAUUCCCGCCUCCUGACGCAGCCGGUGCUCUCGCAGAAAUGGGGGAUCUUGUAUUUGCUCUAUAAAUUGUCUGAGAACGACGAGGUUCCUGCCGAGGGCGAGCGGAGUCGCAGUCCCCUGACGGAUGAUGGUAACUUGCAGAAUCCAUUGGCACGAGGUGGAUCGCGACCUAGGCGUGGCACCAACUCGCGCCCUUUCGAUUCAGAAGACGAAGGUCCGGCUGUGAGCUCUUCUGCGUCGCAGCAGCCCCGCCCACGGUCUCGCCCACCGUCCGCAAAGCCGGAACGGCAAAGUUCGCUGCGCCGGGAUUGGGAGCGCGAGGAGACAGAUGAGGCAGUGCGUCCAUCAUUUGGCAAAAUGCACGAUGACCAUUCCGGUAAUGAGCAAGUGGAUGCGCACUCGCCAACUGCGACGCCGGCAACCCUUGCUCGUUCGAUGGAGUCGAUUGAGCAUGGACUCCUACGUGACCUGCCAUUCAACUUGCAAGGUCUCUCGUCGUCGAACCUGCAGUUUCAGUCUUCUAAAAGCUUGAAAUUGCCGUCGAAUUUACCGUCACCCAUCGUUUCUCUCCUAAACUCAUUGGCGGAGCCGUGCCUUCUCUACAGGGAGCUAUCUGCAUUUGUGGAGGACUCUGAAGAAGGACUCGUGAAUCAGAGUCUACGAGCUGCCGUUGCUACUGAGUUACGAUCCUAUCUUAGCUUGGUUGCGACGCUGGAAGCAGAAAUUCGACAGGCACUUGCUGCGAUUGGUGAUGGACGAGAGCCCAAAGGCGUUCGAAAAGGUGGUGUCACUCUGAAGCGAUGCAUGGUAUGGACGAGGGAUGCUACAAUGGCUCUUCGAUUGAUGAGCCUGAUUGUAGAAGAAGCUCGUGAUAAAAAGGGCGGCCAAUUAAUUUCCCUGAUCCAUGGUUUCUCAUCGUCACAUGGUGAUCCCUUCGUUUGUGCAUUUGCUGAGAAGCUUUUGGCUCAUGUAACCCGCCCAUUCUAUGAUAUGCUCCGGCUAUGGAUCUACGAUGGCGAGCUGUCCGACCCUUACAAGGAGUUCUUUGUUGCAGAGCCGACCUCCCGGCCCAGUACCAAUCAACGACACAUUGCCACGAGCGUCUGGGAAGAUAAGUACAAGUUGGAUGAUGAUUUAGUGCCUUCGAUUAUUACGCAAGAUUUCGCGAAGAAAGUUUUUUUGAUCGGAAAGUCAUUGAAUUUCAUCCGCUACGGCUGUGGUGAUUCGACCUGGGUUGAGGCGUAUUCCAAGGAAGCUUCAAAGGAACUGCGAUAUGGUGACACGGCUACCUUGGAGACCUCAAUUGAUGAGGCCUACAAGACUACGAUGGCGCGGCUGAUCUACUUGAUGGAUGACAAGUUUAAACUUUUCGAUCAUCUGCGAGCAUUGAAGAAGUAUCUUCUGCUGGGACAGGGAGAUUUCAUCGCUCUCUUGAUGGAGUCGCUGGCCUCGAAUUUGGACCGACCGGCGAAUUCGCAGUACCGUCAUACUCUCACUGCCCAGUUGGAGCAUGCCAUCCGUUCUUCGAACGCGCAGUACGACUCUCCGGACGUGCUCCGCCGUCUCGAUGCACGCAUGCUCGAACUCACCCACGGAGAGAUUGGGUGGGACUGUUUCACGCUGGAAUAUAAGAUCGAUGCCCCCGUGGAUGUUGUCAUCACACCCUGGGGAUCUACUCAAUAUCUGAAAGUAUUCAACUUCCUCUGGCGCGUGAAACGGGUUGAAUUUGCCCUCGGCAGUACCUGGCGCCGAUGCAUGACCGGCGCUCGAGGUGUAUUGGGAAGUGUAGACGACAAGGUCGGAUCGGAUUGGAAGCGUGCGCGAUGUGUGAUUGCAGAAAUGAUCCACUUCGUCAAUCAGCUUCAGUAUUACAUCCUGUUCGAAGUGAUAGAGUCCAGCUGGGACCAGCUGCAGGCGGCCGUCUCGAAGCCGGGUUGCACGCUCGACGACCUGAUUGAAGCACACACCAAAUAUCUCAACUCUAUCACCCACAAGGGCCUGUUAGGCUCAGCCUCAUCCUCCAGCUCGCGAUACGGCUCAUCGACCUCUGCAAAUGCCAAACAACCCGAAGAGAGUUUCCUCAGCCAACUGCAUCACAUUCUCAAGAUCAUGCUGGCAUACAAAGAUGCAGUGGAUGGUUUGUAUUCAUUUUCCGUCGCCGAAUUCACCCGCCGCCAGGAACUCAGCGCCAAAAUCGAAACUCGCACCGCCCAAGGCCGCUGGGGCGUCACAGAGCGCGAUCUCAACUCUCGUCGAGCGAAUAGCCGCGGUGGCGCAUCCAUGGCCUCUACACCCGAUGUAAGGCCUGCCAGUUCUGGCCCUGACGGCAUCGAUACCCCGUUCUCGCUUUCAGCGCAAGACCUCGCAGCCGACGACAACAUGCUGGCGACACUGCGUGUCCGGCUUCAUGAUCUCUCCGUAGAUUUCAGGUCACGUUUAAAUAUCCUGCUCGGUGAUCUGUCCUACCAGCCUGACGUGGACAUGCGUUUCCUUGCUGUCGUGAUGAACUUUAACGAUGUCUACGAGCCUGCCCGGCGGAGAAAGACGGAUAAAGAAAAGGAGAAGGAGCGAUGGAAACGUAAGCUUGCCGCUGGGGCUACGGCAUCAGGGGGCACUGGCUCGGGUACAGAAUCGAGCUCUCAUAAGGAGAUGCGCAGGGAUCGAAGUGCUGCUCCAACUGAGCAGGGCUACAGUGCCAAUGGAGCUGUAGCAUAG